GGGAGGGAGGGAGGUGCGGCGGAGCGACCCGGGUCAGCGGAGCAGCCACGGGCGCUGGGAUGCCGGGCACCCCGAAAGCCAAGGCCCCCGGCCGGAGUAGGGGGCGCCCGCGCCGCCAGCCCCGCUGACACCGCCUCGGAGGAUGUGAGCCGGCGCCGCGGCCGCUGCUUCGCGGGCUGGGCGCGCGGUCCCAGCGGCUCCAGCCAGCCUCUGCUUCGCCAAUUUGGGUGGGGGCGACCGCACCAGGCCGCUCGAGCUUUCGAAGGGGGCUGGCUGUCUUUGGCAGCUUGGUUGGGGAAGGCGACCCACACAGGGCGCUCGGAGAUUUUUUUUUCUUUUCAUUUUUUUCUUUUUCUUUCUUUCUUUCUUUUUUUUUUUUUUUUGUUUUAGAGCAGGGUUAACUGUUUUUUGGCAGCUUGGUUUCUGGGGGACUCUAUAGAAGGCCUUUCGGGAUUUCUUUAUUUGGGGGGAGGGGGCGGUGGUCCCGACUUGGCCAGCCGCCUGCUGGAGGGGGGCAGCGGGGAGCGGGGGGAUGCGAACCCGGCUCCCCCCACCAUGAUGAAGACGGAGCCUCGGGGGCCCGGGGGUCCCCUCCGGAGCGCCUCCCCGCACCGCAGCGCCUACGAAGCGGGCAUCCAGGCACUGAAGCCUCCCGAUGCUCCCGGGCCCGACGAGGCACCCAAGGCGGCCCACCAUAAGAAAUAUGGCUCCAACGUCCACCGCAUCAAAAGUAUGUUCCUGCAGAUGGGCACCACCGCGGGGCCGCCGGGUGAGGCGGGAGGCGGCACGGGUAUGGCCGAGGCCCCGCGGGCGUCCGAUCGCGGCGUGCGCCUGUCGCUGCCGCGGGCCAGCAGCCUGAACGAGAACGUGGACCACAGCGCCCUGCUCAAACUGGGCACCAGCGUGUCUGAGCGCGUGAGCCGCUUCGACUCCAAGCCCGCGCCCUCGGCGCAGCCGGCUCCGCCGCCGCACCCGCCGUCCCGGCUGCAGGAGACGCGGAAGCUGUUCGAACGGAGUGUCCCCGCGGCCUCGGGUGGCGACAAGGAGGCCGCGGCGCGGCGGCUGCUGAGGCAGGAGCGCGCCGGCCUGCAGGACCGGAAGCUGGACGUCGUGGUGCGCUUCAACGGCAGCACCGAGGCGCUGGACAAGCUGGAUGCUGACGCCGUGUCGCCGACAGUCAGCCAGCUCAGUGCGGUCUUCGAGAAAGCCGACUCGAGGACCGGCCUCCACCGUGCGCCCGGGCCACCACGGGCGGCGGGGGCGCCCCAGGUCAACUCGAAGCUGGUCAGUAAGCGGUCCCGGGUGUUCCAGCCACCGCCUCCGCCUCCUGCCCCGUCGGGGGAUGCCGCGACCGAGAAGGAGCGUGGCCCUGGAGGGCAGCAGCCCCCACAGCACCGAGUGGCCCCUGCCCGACCGCCGCCUAAGCCGCGGGAGGUGCGCAAGAUCAAGCCGGUGGAGGUUGAGGAAAGUGGGGAGUCUGAGGCCGAGUCGGCUCCCGGGGAAGUGAUCCAGGCCGAGGUGACCGUCCAUGCAGCCUUGGAGAAUGGCAGCACCUCGGCCACCACAGCCAGCCCCGCACCCGAGGAGCCCAAGGCCGAAGCGGUCCCCGAGGAGGAGGUAGCGUCGGUGGCGACGCCAGAGAGGGGGUUGGACAAUGGCCGGAUCCCGGACGUGGCACCUGAGGAGGUGGAUGAGUCCAAGAAGGAGGACUUCUCGGAAGCAGACUUGGUGGACGUGAGCGCCUACAGUGGACUCGGGGAGGACUCUGGGGGCAGUGCCCUAGAGGAGGACGAUGAGGAAGAUGAGGAGGACGGGGAGCCCCCCUAUGAGCCGGAGUCAGGGUGUGUGGAGAUUCCUGGUCUCUCAGAGGAAGAAGACCCGGCCCCUAGUCGGAAGAUCCAUUUCAGCACCGCACCGAUCCAAGUCUUCAGCACCUACUCCAAUGAGGACUAUGACCGACGCAAUGAAGAUGUGGAUCCCAUGGCAGCCUCUGCGGAGUAUGAGCUAGAGAAGCGUGUGGAGAGGUUGGAGUUGUUUCCCGUGGAGCUGGAGAAGGAUUCUGAGGGCUUGGGCAUCAGCAUCAUUGGCAUGGGGGCCGGAGCCGACAUGGGCCUGGAGAAGCUGGGCAUCUUCGUCAAGACCGUGACCGAGGGUGGUGCAGCCCAUCGGGAUGGCAGGAUCCAAGUCAACGACCUGCUGGUGGAGGUAGAUGGAACAAGCCUGGUGGGGGUGACCCAGAGCUUCGCAGCCUCUGUCCUCAGGAACACCAAGGGCCGAGUGCGGUUCAUGAUUGGCCGGGAGCGGCCUGGAGAACAGAGUGAAGUGGCCCAGCUAAUUCAGCAGACUUUGGAGCAAGAGAGGUGGCAGCGGGAGAUGAUGGAGCAGAGAUACGCCCAGUAUGGGGAGGAUGAUGAGGAGACAGGAGAGUAUGCCACCGAUGAGGAUGAAGAGCUGAGCCCCACGUUCCCAGGGGGCGAGAUGGCCAUCGAGGUGUUCGAACUAGCAGAGAAUGAGGAUGCACUGUCCCCUGUGGAGAUGGAGCCCGAAAAGCUGGUGCACAAGUUCAAGGAGCUCCAGAUCAAGCACGCCGUCACUGAAGCGGAAAUCCAGCAGCUGAAGCGGAAGUUGCAGAGUCUGGAGCAGGAGAAAGGGCGCUGGCGGGUGGAGAAGGCCCAGCUGGAGCAGAGUGUGGAGGAGAAUAAGGAACGAAUGGAGAAGCUAGAGGGCUACUGGGGUGAGGCCCAGAGCCUGUGCCAGGCUGUGGAUGAGCACCUGCGGGAGACUCAGGCCCAGUAUCAGGCCCUGGAACGCAAGUACAGCAAGGCCAAACGUCUCAUCAAGGACUACCAGCAGAAGGAGAUCGAGUUCCUGAAAAAAGAGACUGCCCAGCGUCGGGUACUGGAAGAAUCGGAGCUAGCUAGGAAGGAGGAAAUGGACAAGCUUCUAGACAAGAUCUCAGAACUGGAAGGAAACCUGCAAACCCUGAGGAAUUCUAAUUCUACUUAACAGGAAUCGCUCCUUGACUGGACAAUAAUAAUCCACUCCCAUUAUCCACACCCCCUGUCCUCAAUCCCCACCCCGCCCCUACCAGCCUGGGGACAGGUGCCCCGACUUCCCCCAUUCCUCCACCCCACCUCCCCCAGCUUCAGGGACCAGAGGGCCCAUAUCACAGGCCCCUUUAGGGUGGCCCGGGCAGACAAUGGUGGCUGGAAGAGUGGCCUCCUUGUUCUACGGGGCUGAGGUACAGAGGCCGAGAGAAGCUGAGAGCUGACCUGGGUGGUGGAUGGACACAAGGGCCUGCAGACCAAACUGCCAGACUUUACAACCUCCAGCCUGUGUCUCUGGACCGGAGUGGAGCUGGGGCUCUCCCAGCAUCUCACCACUUGGAGGCUGCUCCCUGCCCACAGGGUCCAUGUGGCCGCUGGGCCUCGACUUGAGAUUCGACUUUCUUGGCCCUUUCCUCUUCCCUAUCAUUGUGCUGUCUGUUGCUGUCUGGCCUCAACAUCUCCCACCCCUGCUCCCCAUCCCAGGAGGGAUAGAGCCCACCCUUGAGCCAGAGGCUGGGCCUGGUCCUGCACUGAUUUCUCGUAUCCUUGGUGGGAGGGGAGAGCUGGAGUAGGGAAAAGGAUGAGUCCAAAAUCCAGUCCCUUUCCUAGGAAGGGCAACAGCCCUCAACUUCUCCUUGUGCCUCCCCUUCCCCAAGUGCCAAAUAGCCACAGCCUCCUCCUGGAACUGUCCUGAGGCCCCUGGGGCUCAGGUUGCCUUGGUCUAGCCUAGGAAUGCCAGGAGGGAGGGAGGUCAGCUUAGGUGGUGUGCCUGCGGAGCUCUCGCUGGGGAGCUAGGCCCUGCCCAGGG